AUGACAACUGAUCCCGCCACUCCGGUCAAAUCAUUCGUGUGUCACCGCUGCAGCCGUGGCUUCGCCCGCCUGGAGCAUCUCCAACGCCAUGAGAGAUCGCACACCAAGGAGAAACCGUUUCGUUGUCCCCGAUGUCAGAAAGGGUUCACCAGAAAAGAUCUGCUGACCCGACAUAUACGCUUAUCACAUCAAUCGCCUUCAGGGGCUCGAUCACAACAGACCCAUGGACCUGCCAGGACCGAAACACUCUUGCCAGCGCCGUUGCCUCUGGCGAAUUGGACCGAAUACCAUUCAGCGCCUGCCCAAGUCCUGUCUUCCCAGCCACAUGUAGUCCCGGCCCCAACACAAUCUCUCGUGAGCAACACCAGGGGUCAACAGCAGCCCCUUGAUCAGGUUCCAUUAUCGGCGCGCUUCUACGCCCAUCCAAAUGACGAGAGUUCAGGCCACGGAGUCAAGGAGCCUUUUCCCGCUCCGGUCCCGGAUUAUUCGGUGAAUCUGGGUCUGGAUGAUGGUGGCUUCGACGCCAUUGAGGCCGCCUAUGCACAAGACUUUGCGGCAUUCAUGGACAGCGUGCCCAGUCUCACCCACCCGUUCUCACCGACUUACCAACCGUUACCCGUCUUCUUUUCGAAUCUGGACCUGCCCCUGGCCGGCGUUUUUGAUGAUACGAAUGAUCCCAGAGAUGGCGAAAACUCGCGUGAUGAACCCACUGCGACGACCACAAUACAAGCGACACCCGCGUCACUGUCCAAUAUCAGGGCCACUGACUCGUCCAUCUCGCGCUUUGGUUCUCGGCUCCCAUCCUUGGCUCCUGAGGACAAGCCUCCGCCCACCGGGCCCCACCCACAAGGGCCUACGAGGCUGAACAGUCGCGAUUUGUUCAUCUCGGCCGACUGUCGACAAUAUAUCAUUGACGAAUUGGCGAUGUUUUCCAGCUGCAUAGAUGGCGAUUUUGUCCUCCCAUCCCGACAUGCGUUGUCGCGACUGAUAGGCGGAUAUUUCAAAAACUUCCAUGCCCACUAUCCCUUUUUUCACGUUGCCACCUUGCGAAUGGACAGUAUCCACGUCGAGUUGCUCUUGGCAAUCGCAGCUCUCGGGGCUCGCUACACCCGGGAGCCAGAGAUGGGCAUCGAGCUGUUCCGCGUCGCAAGAGCGAUCGUCUUGGAACGCCUCCGCCGACGCCAGAGAAGAAAAGCUAACAUGCCUUCGGACCCGAGGGCGCGUGACAUCCCCACCGUAAUUCCCGACCCAAGUUGUAAGGGCGACCAAAGAUGCUGCGUGGUUGAGAUGGUGCAGACUUUGCUACUUUUGAUCGCGAUUGCAUCUUGGUACAGACGCGAGCCAGCAGUCACUGAUGCGUUGUCGAUCCGCAGUGUGUUGCACUCCCUCAUUCAAGACGAUGAGAUUUCGCGAACUCAGGAGCAACCGACGGAGGACUGGCGGGAGUGGGUUCGGUUCGAGACCAUCAAAAGAACCCACCUCGUGGUCUUUUGUUUCUUCAAUAUCCACACCAUUCUGUUCGACUUACCCCCCAUGAUGCUCGCCAGCGGACUCCGGCUCGACCUUCCCUGCUCCGAGAAAGAGUGGAAGGCAGCUAGUGAGCCAGACUGGCGAGAAGCCCGUGCGGAAUCAAGGUCACCUCGUCAAGACUUCCAGGACGCGUUCUCGUGCCUCUUUGCAAACCCGGGUGAAUGGAAUGGCUCGAACCAGAUCGUUGCGCGAGGGUUCUCUGCUCUUGGUGGCUGUGCUCUCAUCCACGCCAUCAUUCAACAUAUUUGGCUCGCACGCAAUGCUCGACUACCCGUCGUACAGGGCGGUUCGGGCAGUCUUUCGGACGAGGAAAUGAACGUGUUCGAGCGGGCCCUGAAGCGGUGGGGAAAAUAUUGGGAACGCAAUCAGGAAUCAUCCAUGGAUCCGUUGAGUCCUCACGGUCCUGUGACUUUUACAUCGACCGCACUCCUUCGGCUGGCUUAUAUCCGACUCAACAUGGACCUAGGCCCCGUGAGGUCGCUCAGCAGCUGGGAUGCGUACGUGGUUGCCAACUCAUUACACCAAAGUCCAAAAGUCCAACGCAGCGACAAAAUGACAAGGGCAGCGCUCCACUGCGCACACGCCCUUAGUAUUCCAGUCAAGCUUGGGAUCAACUACGUCGCCCAGACGCAGCUGAUUCUAUGGUCCAACCAACAUGCUCUGUGCUCGCUGGAGUGCGCCGUCCUGCUCGCCAAGUGGCUUGAGGCAGUCACGGUGCCCGAAUCAAGCCCUGACCUAACGCCGGCGGAACAGAGGGUGCUCGAAUUUGUCGUCCAGCUUGUGGCCGAGACUGAAUAUAAAAUGAGCUGUGACCACAUCCUGACGCAAAAGGCCCGGCUGAGCGGCAUGGUUGUCCGGCUGUGGGCUAAGCUGUAUCAGUCGAGUAGCGUGUGGCAGAUGGUCAACUUGAUUGGGGAAUCCCUCAGUAUCUAUGCUAAUCUCCUGGAGGCUGAGCACAAGCAGGACACACAAAGAUGA